UGUGCUAAUCCUCUAGCGGUGGCUGUGCUGAAGGAGGCCUAGCUCCAGUAGGAAAACCCGAGCUGGAGAUGUUCAGAGCCCUUCACUCUGUGCUCAGCUCCACGUUUCAGAGCCGUCAACCAUGACGUGACUUCCAAUCUCACGGUUUCUAGAAAAUGCGUCGACACCUUCGUCUUGUGUCCGUGUGUGUGAUAUCGGUGUUCGUGUCGGGGCUGUACGUGUUCGAGCAACUCGCGUCCUCUCUGGAGACCGACGCCAGUGCAGGAGGCCUCAGCCCGCCUCACCCCCAGCACAGAGCCUAUUUUUCUCGUUCUGUCAGGUGUAAGUCAAUGUCUGUCACACACUGGAAUCCCUAUUGGAGACUGCCCCGUGAUGUUUGUGGAAAGAACUGCUUUAUGGAGUCGGCUCGUAGGUAUGCUGUGGAUAAAACAUUGUCCGAGGUGGACAGAGCUGAGCCGGUCAGGUUGGCAGUGGUGGCCUGUGGGCCCAGGCUGGAGGAGACUCUCACCAUGCUGAAGUCUGCGGUUCUCUUUAGUCACAGAACUCUCCACUUUCACAUCUUUGCUGAGGACGAACUCCAUGCUGGCUUCCGAGAUGCUUUGGAGUCGUGGCCAGGCAGCUUCCGUUCUAAAUUUAACUACACUACCUACCCCAUCACCUUCCCCAGUGACAAUGCCAAGGAAUGGAAGAAACUGUUUAAACCCUGUGCUUCCCAGAGACUUUUCCUGCCUCUGAUCCUAACCGAGGUGGAUUCUCUGCUGUACGUGGACACCGACAUCCUGUUCCUGCAUCCAGUAGAGCAGAUCUGGAACUUUCUCUCCCAGUUUAACAGCACUCACAUGGCAGCCAUGGCGCCUGAGCACGAGGAACCGAGAAUCGCCUGGUAUAACCGUUUUGCACGGCACCCAUAUUAUGGCAAGACCGGUGUCAACUCUGGAGUCAUGCUUAUGAAUAUGACGCGCAUCAGAGCCAAACGAUUCAAGAACGAUAUGACAACAGUUCACCUGAGAUGGGCGGACUUGCUUAUGCCACUACUACAGAAAUACAAGCUCAACAUUACAUGGGGGGACCAAGACCUCCUCAACAUCAUAUUCCACUACAAUCCAGAAAGCCUGUUUGUGUUCCCGUGCCAUUGGAACUACCGGCCAGACCACUGCAUCUACGGCAGCAACUGCGCUGCUGCUGAGCAUCAUGGUGUUUACGUUCUCCAUGGCAAUCGAGGUGUUUACCAUGAUGACAAACAGCCUGCAUUCCGAGCCAUUUAUGAAGCCAUUCAGAAAUACCCAUUUGGAGAAGAUGCAGUCAGUUUCCUACUUAAACCUUUAGAGGAAAAACUAAAGACUACCAUGCAUACAUACUGUGGAAGAUCCAGUCACCUUUUCACUAAGAAAUUACAGGAGAGCAUAAGAAAACUUCAGAAUGAUAAUCACAAUGCAAGAUGAUCUCAUCCAGCUCAACCCAAGUGAGUUUGUUUCAUCCACACUGUUGCUAAGAAGACGUGAACAGUGGUUCAAAUCAGGUCGUGGUGAUAGUCCUGUAUGAGUGAACUGGCGGUUGAAAUGAGGCACUGAAUUCACUUUUAUAUCUCCUCACUAAAGUCCUGUUUCCUUUUUGUCUUUAAUCAUCAGCUAAUGAUGUUUAAGUGUGUUGGUACUGCAGGCUGUGAAUAUUGUUAUGAGUAAUAUUAGGAAACAUGGAAUUCCUAGUAAAAUUUCAUCACCUAAACAUUAAGCCUUAUUUCUUUCCAGGGAUAGUUAAAUAAAUUGUGUCUGCCGAUUUGAGUUCAGUUUUAUUAUUAAGAAUGUUAUUGUAAGAUUGCUGGGUUUUAGGAUUGGAAAAUGAGCCUUUAUGUAAAUGAGCAACAAUGUUUUAAACUACUCAAUGGCUUUAAAAGGUACGGACGAUGGCGUACAUGUCAGUUAAGCCUACUAACUUACAGAAAUGAGAUCACAACCUUGAAGACAAGGAAUCACUCAGUACGUUUACAUGGACAACAAUAAUCCAAUAUUAAUUGUUAAUAUUAAGACGAUACUCUGAUUAAGAAACUAGCAUGUAAAAAGCAAUUUUUAAUUACCUUAAUCCGAUUAAGGUCAUACUCGAAGUAAACACAAAUUGAAUUAAGACGUGGAGUAUUCCUGUUUUAGUCACAUUAUUGACGUGUAUUACAGACACGUACACACCUUAAUCACACUAUUAACAUCGUGUGGGAGUUUUCACAGCAUUUUGCGACAGGACACGUACACACGGCAGUCCUCAACCAUUUUACGGCAAACAAUAGAGCAUGCUGCGUCCGAAACCGCGUACUUACUUACUAUAGGCCUAUAGUAGGCGAAAUACAUGUAUCUCGGCUACUAUAUAGACGGUAAGUAUGCCUUUUGGGACUCGGCCCACGGCUUCAAGCAGUCGUCUAUUAGCAUGUAUAGCAUAACAAUUAACUGCACUUGAACGUUCGUAAAAAUGAAAAAUAAAAACACCCAAAACUGUAUAUGGUACCAUAACGAAGACGAACUGUAUGUUGAUACGUGAAAUUCUGGAGGGAACGUCGGACGGCGUGACGUGGGGACGUAAUUACGUGUGCCGUUAAUCCAUCUAUGUUCUAUAACAUGUAAAACGGGAACAUGAAAGGAGUAUUCUAAAAGCGACUCGUAAACACCUUAAUCACAAUAUUGUCUUAUUCAGAAUAAGCUCAAUAAUUAGAUUACCACUGUCCAUGUAGGGCAAUUAGAAACCAAGUAUUCACUUGUAUUCACUUUAAUAAAGUGUCACAACUUUAUUUGAAGGUUUUCAGUGUUAUGCAACACCUUGUUAUGAUUUCAUGUUUUAACACAUGACAUAUCAUCAAGGGAUUGACCAAAUCUUGCAAAAUUGCUUAAUUAUAUACAUAAAUACACACUACAGGUAUUUAAAACCAUAUAAUGUUGUUCUCCCAAGUAAGAUUAUUAGGGGUCCAAGUGCGAAAAGCCCUAUUGUUUUUGUGAAGAUUUUUAUUUUAAUUCUCGCUAAAUGAGAUUGUAAGAAAAAACACCAAAUUUGGCAGAUAGGUAUUCUACCACUACUCCAAAAGUGGGAGAAAGCAUUGGCCUGGUGGUGGCGGCGCUAUAAUGUAGUGUUUAAUGUUUUCUCCUGAACAGGGGAGUAUCAUCAAUUCAUCAAUUUAAUGUUUAUGAACAUAGGCAGUUCACUAUAAUCUUAAAACAAUUGAGGGGUGAUCAUAAAAGGGCAAAGGUUUUUUCUGUUUUUUAUUUUAUUUUAUUUUUAUUUUCUUAAACCUGUUCUGCUUAAGCGAACAGUAUCAGGCUGGGUCUUUUGAUGAGAGUGGGUUCAUUAGAUCCCAGAAUAUUUAGGUCUAAUAUUCUGUUCAACAGAAUAUUAGACCUACAGGUUUUUAGCUUUGAUCAGACCAACCAGGAUUUUGCGAUCGCAGAAAUUAACGCAAAAUCAAGCAAACUCCGCAAUAUUCAGAUUUUUUUUCAAUAUUUGAUUUUUCAAAAUUACUGCAGAUUUUCUGUAGAUUUGGGCCAAGACGCAUCAUGUGGCAUCAUCACAAUGCGUAUUCAACCGAAACUCGCUUCAGUUCAUAUGCGCUGAACAUGACUACAGCUAAAAGGUCUCAAAACAAUUUUGUGCAAUUGCAAUUUUGCCAAUUCAAGUAGUUUUCUGAGAAAAAAAAAAAAAAAAGCACAAAAAUGUAAAAUUUUGAAAAAGCCACAGCAAAAUGAAGCAAAAACUGUUUCAGUCCUGUAUGGACUGUUUGAUUAUUGAAUUUUGAUGGUUUUAACAAUGUUUUGUUUUUCAUUCACACUUUGCUGAAUGUUUAAUAUAACAUUUCAAAUCGUUACACUUCAAAUAUUUUGAAUAUUCAACACUAUGUUCCCUUGGACUUAAAGUCUCAUGUGGCAUUGUUUACACUUCAUAACAAUGAAUAAUACAUAAAAGUGCUUACAUUACUCAGUAAGUCACCCAGCAGCUUUAUAAAAUGAUUUCUUAAAAUUAAAUACGUACUUUGUUGAUAAAAGUUCCUGAAAUGUGUUCCAGGUUAUUUUCAAGCACAAGACAUAUGUUAGAAAAGGAAGGGAUAUUUGCAGGUUGUGUUAAGGCAUUGUUUACAGAACUAAAGGAGCUACAGAAAUAUCUCCGAUUUAGUCUGAAGUCGAAACUUCAUUUUAGAUUCACUACUGGGCCUGUAAAGGACGUCACAGACUAGUUAUAAUCAAAACCAAACCAUCUCUUAAGCAUUUGCUUUGUAUACUCCCUUCUACAUUAAAUAUUGAGAGAUGAUCCAGAGUACGUACUGAUCAUACAGCAGAACUUGGACAUUUUGUUAACAUCCACAUCCAACAUACCUGCUGAAUGAAUAACUGUCAUUUGUGUGUCAUUUUGCUGUACGAGACAUCCCCAUAAUAUUAGAAAGAAUAAUUUUAUGAAUGUAGAAAAUAUUUUCUAUGCUUUGAUUUAGUCAUUUAAUGUGAUCAUGAAUAUUGUUUAUUAAUGUUAAUAGUGGUACCUUUUGCUGAAUGUAAAUGUUUGAAUGAUGCAGUAUAUUUUUUUGUAAUAAACAUUGCACUUCUAAUUCUU